AUGGACUCUAAUGCUGGCACGUAUAGGACUGGAGCCAUGAAGAGCAGCGCAGACCACGCACGUCUUGCACUUCUUCUCUCCCAUCCACCCAAGGUUCUCAAGUGUUACAAGGACAUCACACCGAGCAGUGAACUGGUCGAGUCGACCAACGCGUCCAUGCCCGAUGCGACCAAACGGUCGGGUGUUGACCUGGAACGUCUUGCCUCUGGUAUCGCAAUCGUGCUAAAAGUAAUUCUCGAUUUGCACCCGGGGAUAUUCCAGUCACACGAGCUGCUGACCUCGAGACAGAACCAGUUAUCUGAUACGGCAUCGAAGUCAAACUUGCUGAAUCUAAUUAUGCCGGUGAAUCUGCCAAGAGUCGCACAACCUGGACACGGCUCAAUGCCGCGCGUGAACCCACAUUCAAGCGCUCCCCAUAAGUACAAUAAUAAGCAAACAAUUGCCUCAGCCGAUAUAAGAGCGGUUCAGUCAAAAGCUCACGGUCAAAUUUGGUAUGCGCAUCACCGUCUUUGCCCCAACAUGCGGAGAUCGCAGGUCUUUCGGCACCUACGUCUGCACAGUGGUCAUCUCUGCCCGCAGCAAGUGCGCACACGCAUGAUUUUACCAGGAACGAUGUCACUGGCCUAG